GGCGAGUUUCAGCAGAACAGAACGCACCGCCAUGGGACUGACAUCGGAAGAUCCGCUGUCACCUUCUGGUGGACGACAUACUCAAUUCAAGGAGCAAGAGUUUCAGAGGAAGGGGGCAAACCAUGCUAAGGAGGCUUUGAAGCUUGAAUUGCGCUCUCGUUUGAGCAAAUCAGUGCGUUCCAACGCAGGACUUUCCUUUGACGAGCGGAUUGAGAUUGCUGCCAAGGCCAAGCAUGAUGAAACUUCAAAGCAGGAACUCGCACAGCGCAAGGUCUUGCAGGACGCGGUGGAGAAGGGACGAUCACGGCCAACCAGUGCGCCAGUAAGGCCAUCGAAGUUGAGCCCCAACCAGCAAGCGAUGCUGCAGGAGAGGAUCAGGAAGAUGAAGGAGCAAGAAGAUGCUUAUAAGAAGCAGGUCCUUGAGAUGAGACAGAGGAUGAAGGACCGGGAGCCUCUCUUCCGGCUCUCAGAGGUGCAAGCGGGCUUUGAAAUGCUUCGGCAGCAGCAGGACGAGCGGCGACGGGAACUGCAGCACGAAGAACAUCAGCGAUGGGAACAUUUGCGGGCAGUUGAGGUGAAUGCAUUUCAGCGGCCCUUGCUCAUCGAGGACUUCAACUACCGACCACCUCGCGACGGCACCUCGCGCAUGGAACCCUCAGAGCCCGCCUUGGACAGCGAAGACUUUGACGAACGCCUCAGAGCUGCUGUGGCGGGGAGGUGGUUUAAGGAGUCUGACUGGGGAAAGAAGCUCAAGGAGAUGAAAGAGAAGGUGGACAACCGGCAGAAGCUUCAUGAGAUUCGCUACCCACAGAAGUGUGACUCGCACAAGCUGCCGAAGACUCGGCUGAUGCAUGCGCUGAUUGCCAGAGCGCCAAAUAUUCGCGUGUGAACUGGACACCGAUCUUCGACCGGACAGGUGGACAGUCGUGGAUUUUGCUCAGUCUGGGUGCGAAAAGACAGCUCUAGGCUCUAGGGGUUUUACAGUUCCAACUGCGAGCAAAAUCAGCCAUUUCCGGCACUCUUUCCAAUAGCCAGAAACAAAGACAGCGCGCCAAGUUGUGGUUGGGCGCUUGGUGCAUACUUUGGAAGCACGGCUAGCUGCUAGCUGCAAAGCAAGCACCUGUUGCCAAAGAUUUCUGCCUUGGAAUCUGAUUUGAUCCGUGUGUUGCCUGGCAAAGCUGAACCUGAAGCAAGGAACAGCUAUGCCAAGGUCUUCGGUCUUUAGAGGACCCUUCAAAAAGGAUCCAUUGAGGCAGCUCGCCUCCUGUACAAUGAUGCACUCAACAUCGAGUUGCUCUUGCUUAGAACUAGAGCCUUGAAUCCCCUACAUCCUGUUCUUUCUUCAUACCUUGUGUUGUCCUUCUCCCUCUUCCUUUUGGCCAUGACGGCUUCAAUAAUCCUUUUUCGUCAUACUAGGCUCUUGGACUACUGCGCGGAAGACCUCCCCAAAACCGCAGAUGGCUCUCUCACCAGUAUCACUUGGUCGGCGAAGCUGAAGCUGACGGA